GUAGUGCGGCACGUUGGGCGGCGUUUGUCUUAAGUGGUCGCGCCCCCUUAACAGCCGACGUCAGACUGGCAGGCCCGCCUGGCUGCGCUCGCGUCCCAGGUGAUAGUAAAGUGCUGAUUGAUUACCACGGAAUAUAAUUGAAACAGGAAAUACGAAGAUGGCAGCAAACCCUUCGGGACAAGGUUUUCAAAACAAAAACAGAGUUGCAGUCUUGGCAGAACUGGACAAAGAGAAAAGAAAAUUGCUUAUGCAGAACCAAUCUUCAACAAACCAUCCUGGAGCUGCUGGCAUCACGCUCUCGAGGCCGGCUCUCAACAAGGACUUCCGCGAUCACGCCGAGCAGCAGCACAUCGCCGCGCAGCAGAAGGCAGCCCUGCAGCAUGCUCACGCACAUUCAGCUGGAUACUUCAUAACUCAAGACUCUGCGUUUGGGAAUCGUAUUCUUCCUGUUUUGCCUCGCCUUGACUCAGAAUGAAGAACACUCGCGAUGAAAGUGACUUUGUAAUAUUAAAUGCCAGAGCCACUAUCGAUCAGUGCUAUACAAACUGUGACUUCCAGAAUUUUGGUACUCUUUUCCAUUUUUUGCUUCUUCAAAAGAAAAGAACAUGUACAUGAAAAUAAAAGGAAGGCCAAUGAAAAUGAAGAAAGCUUUGGAUAAUCCAUCUGAGGCCCCGACUGUGCUACCUGGUGUGUUACUGGUUUGGAAUACUAUCUGAUUUUUAACUGUAAACCAGACUGAACUGGAUAGUUACCUAAAGUCACCCCAGCCUCCCAACAUGUUGGUCUGAAUAUAUCCUGUCCACAACAGACUGUC